AUGGCGUGGCGGCGGCGGCCCGAGGCCCGGGGCGCGCUGGCGCUGCUUGCGCUGGCCCUGUGCGCUCCUGGGGCCCGGGGCCGGGCUCACGAGUGGUUCUCGGCUGUGGUGAGCACCGAGUACGUGGACCCGCAGACCAACCGGAGCGUGAGGAGCGUCUCGGAGAGCGGCCGCUUCGGCGACAGCUCGCCCAAGGAGGGCGCGCGGGGCCUGGUGGGCGUCCCGCGCGCGGAGGACCGCGACCCCGAGGGCUGCGAGGCCGGCACUCGCUUCCUCGUGCCCGGCGGCCGGGGCACCGCUCCCUGGGUCGCGCUGGUGGCGCGCGGGGGCUGCACCUUCAAGGAGAAGGUGUUGGCGGCGGCGCGGAGGAACGCCUCGGCGGUGGUCCUGUACAACGAGGAGCGCCAAGGCAACCUCACCGCGCCCAUGUCCCACGCUGGAACAGGAAACAUAGUGGUCAUUAUGGUUAGCUACCCAAAAGGAAGAGAAAUUGUGGAACUUGUACAGAAGGACAUUCCAGUCACUGUCACCAUCGGGGUGGGCACCCGGCACGUCCAGGAGUACAUCAGCGGUCAGUCCGUGGUCUUUGUAGCCAUUGCCUUCAUCACCAUGAUGAUUAUCUCAUUGGCCUGGCUAAUAUUUUACUACAUACAGCGCUUCCUAUACACCGGCUCACAGUUCGGAAGUCAGAGCCAUAGAAAAGAAACAAAGAAAGUUAUUGGGCAGCUUCCUCUUCAUACUGUAAAGCAUGGAGAAAAGGGGAUUGAUGUCGAUGCUGAAAGUUGUGCAGUGUGUAUUGAAAAUUUUAAAGGAAGGGACGUUAUCAGAAUUCUGCCAUGCAAGCAUAUUUUUCAUAGAAUAUGCAUUGACCCAUGGCUUUUGGAUCACCGCACGUGUCCAAUGUGUAAACUUGAUGUCAUCAAAGCCCUGGGAUAUUGGGGCGAGCUUGAGGACGCACAGGAGGCGACUGCCCCAGAAUCCCCCCCUGGGGGCGUCUCGGCUGCAGAUCUUAGUCUCAUGGUAGCAGACGGCGAGAGAAGUGACACUGGCAGCUCCGAGUUGCCCUCUACCAGUGACCCUGUGCCACCCUGUGACGCCAGCUUUAAAGAGGAUGCAGGUGAAAACACAGCCUUGCUGGAGACAGGCAGGAGCAACGCUCAGCGUGACGGACCCACCUGCUAGUGUGCGACCUGUGGACCGUGUCACGGACAGAGCCUAGGCUCGACUUAAAGGACACUCUAUUUUUUUUACUUUAGUGCAUAGUUUGUAUAUGUGAAAAUAAUGUACAUUCUUUUACCUUUCAGGUUCUAAUUUGGUAUACAAAGAGCUAUUUUAUUCUUUCAAGAGGCUUUUUGAUUAGUCUUGAUAUAUUUAUCUAUUGAAAUGUAUCAAAAGAUGAUUCUGUCUUCUCAAGGAUGGUUCUAGCUUAAGCACGUCGACUUUACACUAGUUGAAAUGGAGUUGCGUGAUUAUAUUCAGUAAUUGGUCAUGUGAAUUUCCCUGGAGGAAAGACUUUUUUAGAACAUUAAACUUGUCAACGUGAUGAGAGAAAUCUGUUGCUUUCUUGCACCUCUGUAUUUUAGAGAGAUUUCCAAACCUGAGAGAACUUUCAUUGUUGUUUUUUAAAUUUGGAAUUAUGAGAAAAGUACUGGUGGACUUGAGUAAUUUCAUUUCUCCCUUUUAUUACCUAAUUUCUUCUAGUAACCUUGAUGGGGAGGGAAGUUUUGUCCCUUUUUUCCUACAAAUAAAAAAAGCUAAGAUUCUGUAUCGCACACGAGCAUGAAGUUCUUCAUUGCUUGUUAAGGAAAUGGAGUAAACAGACUCUGAUGUGGAUUUUUUUUUUAGGUAAAUGAUGAAUUUACUGAUUUCAACUAGAGUUUAAUCUUUACAAUUAAAAGGGUGAUAGAUGCAGACUUUCGGUUGCUGUUAAACAAGUAACCAGUUUUCUCGAUUAAUUUUAAAGCAAGCUUAAUGACAGUGAACUCGUUUCAUCAUCUCUCCCUUUCACUCUUGUUUGCUGCUCUUCCUUGAAGGCAGGGGGAUUAGGCUGCUCUGAAGCUUUGGGGGCCACUCCCUAAGUUGAAAAAGUGAUUAAACACACACACAGUGGUGAAGACUCUGCACUCCCCCUGCAGGGCUGCACGCAGGUUCGACCCCUGAUUGGGGAAGCUCUGCAUGCCACAGGGGUGGCCAAAAAACCAACAAAAACGCACACACACUGCACUCUGCCGGCACUUAGAGGUGGAAGGGCCAGAGUGAGGAAGUUAGUGUUUUACGGCUUGAAGUUGUAGUCCUUUGUAGCUUCCAAACUGUUUACUGUGUACAUCUUUAUUUCAUGGUAAAAAUAAAUGUUUAUGAGAGUACAUAA